GGUCAUACGGAACAAACUGAAUCGUUGUUAAUUGAUUUGGAGAAUAACCGCCGAGAAAGCAGAAUGACUGUUAAUAAAAAAAGUCUAUUUAAAAGCCUACAAAGUUAUCCAUCCUCUGUUUUUUAUAUUCUUGGCAAUGAAUUCUGUGAACGAUUCAGCUUUUACGGUAUGAAAGCCAUACUGACACUGUAUUUGAUCAACGAACAUCAUUAUAAAGAAAACCAAGCUUCGCUGUUCUAUCAUGCCUUCGUAUCUUUGGCUUAUGCAUCACCACUCCUCGGUUCAAUUGCUGCAGACAACUUUUUUGGUCGAUUCCAUGUAAUUUUUUGGGGUUCCCUAAUCUAUGUAGCUGGUCAUAUCCUAUUAUCGUUUGGUGCUGUUCCAUUAUUUGCAUAUGGACUACGAACAACAUUGGAUUUUAGUGGACUAUUUGUGAUUGCAAUUGCAACCGGUGCGAUUAAACCGUGUGUAUCGGCAUUUGCAGCUGAUCAGUUCUCAGAAAACCAAAAAGAGGAACGAACGCAGUUUUUUUCGUUCUUUUAUUUUUCUAUAAAUGCUGGUUCACUGGUGGCAAUUUUGCUGACUCCAAUGCUUCGUGGACGUGUUAAAUGUUUUGGUUCUGAAUACUGCUUUCCGCUUGCUUUUGGUGUUCCCGGUUUAUUGAUGCUCAUUGCAUUUUUACUGUUUGUUGCUGGCUGGAAACGUUAUAAGAUUACACCGGCAGCGAAAGGAAAUGAAAUUUUCAAUGUUAUGAGCUGUAUAUUUUAUGCAGGAAAGCAAAAAAUUGUUGCAGUUUACCGAGGACAAGAUAAAGCAGAACAUUGGAUUGAUUAUGCAGCAUCUCAAUACAGUUCACAGUUAAUCACUGGUGUCAAAAGUUUGGUUGGAAUUUUGGUUCUUUUCUUACCGAUCAUUCCUUUUUGGGCAUUAUCUGAUCAGCAGGGUAGCACUUGGGUACUACAAGCACGACGAAUGGACGGUAGAGUCGGAGCUUUUACAAUACUACCCGACCAAAUAAAUACCAUUAAUCCGUUGAUUAUUCUUAUUAUGCUUCCAGUUUUUGAAGCAUAUAUAUAUCCGUUAGCUAGGCGAUUCUUCAAAGUUACACCAUUACGAAAAAUGGCUGUUGGUGGAGUGUUAAUUGGCCUUUCCUUCGUCAUGGCUGGAAUGCUUCAGCUUUCUGUGAACAAAACAAUGGAACCCCAUCCGGCAUCAGACCACGUUUUCCUACAACGAUUUGGCAAUUCCACAGUCAAGUACUACAUUAAUAAUACGUCACUGGAGUACGGAAAAACCGACCUGACUGUUGGAGACUACACGAUAACCUCAGAAAAUGGUCACAAAUUUAGUGUCUCAUUAAAUGCAGCUGGUAAAGGUUAUGUGCUCGGAUUAUUUGAUGCGCCAGAUAACAGUACACGAAUGUCUCUCUUCCCAUAUACUUGCGAUAAAUCGGAAAACGGCCGAACUCGUCUGUAUCUUCUGGUUCCAGAAAAAUCUGCAUUAGAUGGCGGAAUGUUUUACAUUCUCGAUUAUAAAGGAAAUGUUCAUAAAAGCAUUAAAACUACGUCUGGUAGAGACUAUGUUUUAGGAAACUGGGUUGAAAUUGAGCCUGCAAUCAUUAGUUCACCACAUUAUACACUUCUGUAUGGUCCGGCAAACUGUACAUUAUCGUCGUGUCCAUAUUCUCAAAAAUUUUUUGCUCAGAUGGGUGCUGCACACGUUGUACAUAUCACUGAAGGUUUUGCUGAUAUAUAUACUGUAGUUCGAUCCAAUUCAAUUAGUAUUCUUUGGCAGUUACCACAAUCUGUUGUCAUUACUGUUGGUGAGAUUCUGUUUUCAAUUUCUGGUCUCGAGUUUUCUUACAGUCAGGCGACACCAAAUAUGAGAUCUGUUAUGCAGGCUGUUUGGCUGAUGACCGUUUUUCUUGGCAAUGUAAUUGAUAUGUUAAUUUCUGGAUCUCAUGUGGUUGCUGAACCUGCGGCCGAGUUCUUUGUUUAUGCAUUACUGAUGGUCCUCGUUAUUGGGCUCUUCAUUGUGUUUGCAAUGCGAUACACAUACGCUGAAGACCGAUUAGAUGGAACUGUGAACACCACCACCGACAAUAAAGCACCGGUCAUUUUAAAUACAUUCAAGGACGAACCAAAGGUUACACAACAAAACUGA